GCAGCAGGGGGCAGUGAGUUGAAAAUUUACCAGGCGACUAGAUUAUUGAAAAGGGGGCGGCCGCUGCUCUUAUUUACCCCCGGGGAACCCAUGAGAAUCGCUUCCCUAUCGAUCGGGAGCACGCGACCAUCGCCGAUGUGUCAUCUACUUCAACCCCUUUAGUUAGUCCUCUCCCCUCAGUUAGUCCAUCGCUCGCGACAAACAUCGUUAUUUUUUCGUUAAAUCGUGUUUUUAUCAAUUAAAGUGCCCAUUUUAUACGGUUUAUUCGCUAUCCUCAUUCAGUUUGUGUGAUUAUACGGUGUUUUUAUCGAUGCUUUCCGAUUUAAAGGUCGAAUAGUUCAGUUUUUUUUGGCGAGCGAAGCGAGAUAUGUUGCUGCCCAGCGCCAACUCGAACUGUCCCAUGGGAUUUCAGAACGAUAUUUAUCACGGCGUGGCGGAAAAAACGAAAUUUCUGACUUUGAAGUGUACGAGAAAAAGUAAGAGCAAUCAGACGCGCAGCAAAAGCGCCGAAAGGACCAAAUUUCGGUUUUGUGCCUGCACGGGACCCAGAAAAAACAAAAAGUCCGCCAAGUGGUAUGUCAAGCAGCCCACAUGGCGGCUUUGGGGCGAGGAAAAAGCGGACGGCGCCCUCUACACGGUUUACCUCAAGAAAGUGCGUUACCAUCGGCCUACCAGAAGCCUUUCGUCCUCCCAUUCGGAUUCAGACGACGAGAUUUCCCACCUAGAAUGGGAAACUGUGAGGGUGCGAUUCGUCAAGGCCGGCACUUUGAGGAAGUUAGUGGAGGCUCUUUCCACCGACGACGGAGAGUUGGAGACCACCUACAUCAAUGUGUUCCUGGCUACGUAUCGUAGCUUUUCCACCGCCAAGGAAGUACUGAAACUGUUGCUGGAGCGGUACGAAGAAUUGUGCGAAUCGUCGCAGAACGGACGGACAGAACAACUGGAACAGCACAAAAAGACACUUAUUUCUGCUCUUCACGUUUGGCUGGACAGUUACCCGGAAGAUUUUAAAGAUCCGCCUAACUAUUCAGCUCUUCGUCUGUUACUCAACUUCUGUGAAGAUUUUCUGCCUAAUACGGAGCUCGACGCCAAAGUACGACACAGGAUCGACAGAUAUACCAGAGAAGCACAUGUGGAUCCCCUCUUAACUCCACCUCCGGCUUUUGCUAUGAGGUCCAUAGCUUCAGCUGGAUGGAGAUGUUACAAGUUACCAGAUAUCCCAGUCAGGCACUUUGCCGAACAGCUUACCAGAAUGGAUGUGGAUUUAUUUAAGAAACUAGUACCUCACCAGUGUUUAGGAGGUGUGUGGUCCAGACGAGAUCGCAGCAGAUCUCACGAAGCCGCCACUGUAUUAGCCACUGUCAACCAAUUUAACGCUGUGUCUUUUAGGGUUAUAUCAUCUAUUUUAGUGGAACCGUGUCUCAGAACUCACGAUAGAGCGUCUCUAAUCGUUUGUUGGAUAGAUAUAGCUCAGGAGCUAAGACUUAUUAAGAAUUUCAGUAGUUUGAAGGCCAUUAUAAGUGGUUUACAGAGCAAUCCAAUAUAUAGACUUCAAAAAACUUGGCAAGCAAUUUCAAGAGAGAAAAUUGAACUCUUCGACGAACUUGCUAGGAUUUUCAGUGAAGACAACAACCAACUAGCCCAGAGAGAGUUAUUAAUGAAAGAGGGAACUGCCAAAUUUGCUGAUACUGUUGGUGAAAACGACAAACAACUUCAGAAAAUUUUUCAAAAACAAAACAACCAUACCGCUAAUAUUUCGUUCGGAACUAUACCCUAUUUAGGAACCUUUUUGACUGAUCUUACCAUGAUAGAUACAGCUAUACCUGAUAUUAUAGGCGAUGGAUUGAUUAACUUUGAUAAAAGAAGGAAAGAGUUUGAAGUCCUUGCCCAAAUCAAACUUCUACAGGGUGCUGCCAAUGCUUACCAUUUUAUUGAAGAUGCAGCGUUCGAUAGGUGGUUUGACUCAAUCUUAGUGCUAGAUGAUCGCGAAGCUUAUCAACUUAGCUGUCAAAUUGAACCUCCAACUGGUGGACCAAAUAGAAAAGAUAGAAAUAUCAGGAAACCAAUCCAGGGUCAUCAAAAAAAUGAUUCAAUUACCAGCACCAGCAGCAGUAACAGUUCUCAGUUCUACUGUGACGUGGACAGUGUUCCAAGCUCGCCACAUGACAGUAUAGAUAGAAAGCUGAGUCCUAGUCAAAUGUCAAAUUCAAGUAGUAAUUCUUCGUUACCUAGUCUCGAUGUUAGUCUGAACAGUUCUCAUUCAGGUAGUGCCAACAAUAGAUUACAAGUGCCUUCUUUAAAUAACUCAGGGACAUUGAGUAAUCAUUCUCAGAAGAGCAGUCCAGAUUUUUAUAUAAUUAAGGUAACAUAUGAGACAGAUAAUCGGGAAACGGAGGGUAUAGUGUUGUACAAAAGUAUAAUGCUAAGCAACAAUGAAAGAACACCUCAAGUAAUACGAAAUGCAAUGUACAAAUUAGGUCUAGAAGGAAAUCCGGAUCAGUAUACACUAGCACAAGUUUUACCAGAAAAAGAAAUGCUUUUGCCGCCAAACUCCAACGUUUACUACGCAGUCAAUACAGCACACAAUCUUAACUUCAUUUUGAGACCAAAAAAACUCAGUGAUGCCAACUCGUCGGGCAAGUAUUUGAAAGGGAAGUCGAAGUCAUAACAAACCCUGACAUGGGAUGCUUUUUAGUAAGAGUUUAACCUGAACCAGCUGUUAAAAAGUAUCUUCAUUACUACUUAAGCUUAAAGUAAAUUUUACCAAUUUAAAGUAAGCGUAACAAAUAUGUAUAACAACUGUGAUAAACGAUCAUGCUGUUAGAUACUCUGUAAUCAUCACAAUGUUUAUUUUAAUUAUUUAUUUUAUAUAUUUUUUUACCAACCUAGAUUUAAAUUAAAUAUUUUUUUUAAUCGGGACUAAAAAGAAUCAUUGUAAAUUUACAAUAUGGUUUUGUCCGGAUUUUUUAAGUAGCUUGUUUUUAAGCGUUUAUAUACAUAUAUAACAAAAUGCACACAGCCAACUGGUGCUAAAAGAAUUAUUAAAUAUAGAGUAAACAUCUACAUAGUUGUUUAAAAAAAUAUACAAUUUUUAGUAGUUAAGUAAAUUAUUUAAAUAACUUGUUUUUGAAGUAAUUUUUAAUAAUAACAAUAUUAAGACCCUGCAUAUUAUAAAAUGUCAAUAUUAAUAAUUAAUAUAGAUAUUUUUUAACCAGUGUAAGUAUAUAUUUCUUAAAAUCUUUAUGCAAUUACCAAUCCAAAACAAACUACAAUAACAGUAAUGAUGAAUUUUGAGAAAUUUGUAUAUUUACGGUUAAUUUAAUUAAACGACACGAGUUGUAUAGACUAAUUAGUGUAGAUAUUAAUUUCAUAUAUUGUAUAAACGUAUUUAUAUAAGAAAAAUGUAUGCGGUAUUAAUAUUUUUAGAAGCUUUACUUUGGUGUAAUCUAAACAAAAAUUGUAAUUAUUGUUAACCAAAGAUAAAUACUAUAAGAAUCAUCUACGUCAAAUUAUAUAGUUGAACUUGUCCAAAAAUAUACCUGUUUCAAUAUUCUAUAUUUUUCCAAUGCUCAAUUUUGCCUUCUGUAAAGAUCUGAAUAAAACAAGUUCGUUCGUGUGUGGAACUGUAGAAUUUAAUAAUACUCUUAUCGAGUGCUUUAUAUGUGCAUUAGAUCGUCAUGUUAAGUAAUUUACCUGCAUUGUAUAGAUAUAGAUGAUAGAGGAAAUUUUGUAAGAAUUCGUCCCAUUUGUUGUACUGUAUUUUUCUAAUAAAAGACUAAAUAAAUCUA